UGGCGAUGGUGACGGGGAGGGGGGCUUUGCCGGCGUCCCGGGUCCGGAUCCAGCCGCGCCCGGAAGCCCCGGGGAGGAGCGCCCGCCCAGACCCCAGCCCCAGCUCCCCGCCGGCGACGGGGCGCGGCCCCCGGGAAGCGCAGGGCUUGAAGAACCACGGCAACACCUGUUUCAUGAACGCCGUGGUGCAAUGUCUCAGCAACACCGACCUGCUGGCCGAGUUCCUGGCGCUGGGGCGCUACCGGGCGGCGCCCGGCCGCGCCGAGGUCACCGAGCAGCUGGCGGCGCUGGUGCGCGCGCUCUGGACCCGCGAAUACACGCCUCAACUUUCCGCGGAGUUCAAGAAUGCUGUGUCCAAGUACGGCUCUCAGUUCCAAGGCAGCUCGCAGCACGACGCCCUGGAGUUCCUGCUCUGGCUGCUGGACCGCGUGCACGAGGACCUGGAGGGCUCGUCCUGCGGGCCGGGGUCUGACCAGCUUCAGCCUGAAGCCAGGAAAACCUCUGAGAACGCCCUGUCCCCCUCGGCUGCGCUUUCUUUAGGCCAAAGUUUUGUGCAAAGCCACUUUCAAGCACAAUAUAGAUCUUCCUUGACCUGUCCCCACUGCCUGAAACAGAGCAACACCUUUGACCCUUUCCUGUGUGUGUCCCUGCCUAUCCCCUUGCGCCAGACGAGAUUCUUGAGCGUCACCUUGGUCUUCCCCUCGAAGAGCCAGCGGUUCCUACGGGUCGGUCUGGCCGUGCCCAUCCUCAGCACGGUGGCAGCCCUGAGGAAGAUGGUUGCAGAGGAAGGUGGAGUCUCUGCGGAUGAGGUGAUCUUGGUUGAACUGUAUCCCAGUGGACUCCAGCGGUCCUUCUUUGAUGAAGAGGACCUGAACACGAUUGCAGAGGGAGAUAAUGUGUAUGCCUUCCAAGCCCCUCCGUCACCUGGCCAGGAGAUGCUCUCAGCUCGUCCAUCUGUUUUGCCAGUAUCCCUGCGCCUGUCUGCCCGUGAAGGUCAGCGAUUAGCCCUUCCCGUCAACAGUGAGACCAAGGUGCUAAUCCUCUUCUGUAACCUGGUGGGCUCGGGCCAGCAGGCCAGCAGGUUUGGGCCACCUUUCCUGAUAAGGGAAGACAGAGCCAUCUCCUGGGUCCAGCUCCAGCAGUGCAUUCUCGGCAAGGUUCGCUAUCUGAUGAAGAGUGAGGCCCCUGUGCAGAACCCGGGAUCCCUGUUCGCCAUCCGGGUCGUGGGGCUCUCCCUGGCCUGCAGCUACUUGUCCCCACAGGACAGUCGGCCCCUCUGUCACUGGGCAGUUGACAGGGCCCUGCACCCCAGGAGGCCGGGGGGCCCCACGCACGUCAAACUGGCCGUGGAGUGGGACAGUGGCACCAAGGAGCGCCUGUUCGGGAACCUCCGGGAGGAGCAGGUGCAGGACGCGGACAGCGUGUGGCGGCAGCAGCAGGCGCACCAGCAGCCCAGCUGCACCCUGGACGAGUGUUUCCAGUUCUACACGAAGGAGGAGCAGCUGGCCCAGGACGAUGCGUGGCGCUGCCCCCACUGCCAGGCCCUCCAGCAGGGCGUGGUGAAGCUGAGCCUGUGGACCCUGCCCGACAUCCUCAUCAUCCACCUCAAGAGGUUCUGCCAGGUCGGGGAGAGGAGAAACAAGCUCUCCACGCUGGUGAAGUUCCCGCUCUCCGGCCUCGACAUGGCUCCCCACGUGGCCCAGAGGAGUGCCGGCCCCAAGGCCACACCCGGCCCCUGGCCUUCCUGGAAGCAGCCGGCCUGCCUGCCCACCAGCUACCCACCCGACUUCCUCUAUGACUUGUACGCUGUCUGCAACCACCACGGCAGUUUGCAAGGUGGGCAUUACACAGCCUAUUGCCGGAACUCUCUGGACGGCCAGUGGUACAGUUAUGACGACAGCACAGUGGAACCGCUUCUAGAAGACGAGGUGAAUACCCGAGGCGCUUACAUCCUGUUUUAUCAGAAGAGAAACAGCAUUCCUCCCUGGUCGGCCAGCAGCUCCAUGAGAGGUUCCACCAGCUCCUCCUUGUCUGACCACUGGCUGCAUCGGCUCGGGAGCAGUAACAGCAGCACGCGGGGCAGCCUGCUGUCCUGGAGCUCUGCCCCCGCUCCCGCCCGGCCCCGGGCGCCGGGGCCUGCCUCCUUCACAAACAGCCUCCCCCGGCAGGAAAAGGGAGGUUUGGAGGCCAGGCCUUUGGCAGGAGGCGUCCAAGGCCGCAGCAUCAGCAUGAAGGGGCCCGCCCCUUCCCGAACCAAGCAGGGGGCCUUCAAGACUGUGCCCCUCCGGUGGUCUUUUGGCCCCAGGGAGAAGCCACCACCGGGUGCAUCUGUCGGGUUGGUGGAGUACUUGGAGUCCAGACGGAGACCUCGAUCCACGAGCCAGUCCAUCGUGCCGCUGCUGACUGGCGCUGCCGGCGGGGAUAAGAAGUCGGCAGCACUGGGGUUAAACGCCACCCUUUCUGCUAAGGGUGAAAGUGAAGAUAGUGGGCGAGCCAGCGAGACAGUGCUGGCCGGGGCGCCCUGCCCCUUGGACCACCCUGGCAACUCAGAUGGCCCCAACACAGCAAGGAAGCUCAGGGAAAACUCUAGUCAAGAUAUCAGGCUGCCCAGACAGUUUGACCUGCCCCUUACGGUGAUGUCCUCAGUGCAGAAUGAGAAACGAGCCCGGCCGGAGGGCCAGAAGCCCACAAGCUGUAAGGGCAGUGGCCCGGUGGGGAGCAGGGGCAGCGUGCCCUCCCCCAAGGAGGCUCCCAGUGUUGCCAUGUUUUCUAGAAACAGUGCAGACAGUCACCGAAAUGCCUUAGGCAAGAUGAGGGCUAAUGCGGAGGGCAGGGACUUGGAGACAGACCGAUUCCCACAGGGGACCCUCACCCUUCUGAGGUCUGUGUUUUGGAGGAAGGAGAACAGGAAGGGUGACAGGGCCGAGGCGACCCCCCAGGCGGCCCCCCAGGCGGCCCCAGGCUCCCUGGUGAGUGGCAGGCUGAGCCCGGCUGUGGACGAGCAGGCUCGAGGCUCGUCCCCACCCCUCGGGAUUCGAGGGAGCCUGACCAGGGGUCCGGAUGGCCACCCAGAGAGAGACGUCCGGUCAGCGCCCAGCUCCCUGCGCCUCCCUCGCAAGGCCGGCAGGCCCCCGAGGGCCAGUACUCUCGGCACGUCACAGAUGAGUGUUCCCGGGGAGCAGGCUUCUUUCGGAACCUUACCGAAGGUGAAAUACCGCACUCUUUCCUUAGGUCGGAAGAAAAUGUUACCCGAGUCCAGCCUCUGAUGGUGUGUGUUCUAGUGAUGGGUGACGCUGGCUUUCUCGAGACUCUGCACUGAGCACCUGUAGAUGGCUCGUGUUGAGAGUGGGAUUUGGGGAAGCUGGUUGUCUUGAAAAUAAAACAGUUUUUUGUCUCUGCAUCUAGAUUUCCAACACCUAAUACCCCAAAAUACUCUAUGUUGUUGGCUGCUUUUAUACUUCCAGACCACUGGAGGGCGCUGUUGGGUCAGCAUAAUCAUUUCAGGACAAGAAAUGCUGCUUUAUUUAAAUUCCAGCGUCUGAAUACUUGUACUAAAGAGUAAUUGGAUGUGGGCAAACAUAACUCUGUAGGGAAGCCUAGUUAAUGAGAAUUUUCAAUAUCAAAUCAAAUAUAAUUGACUUCUAUUUAAAAAAAAAUUUUUUUUGAAAUAGUGGACUUAACAGGAAAAUCUUUUCCUUUUAAUGUUUCUCUGGGAUAAAGCAUUAAAGAUGCCAAAGAAAAAGUGGUAGUGAUGGAAAGGCAGGAUUCUAGGAGAAAAGAGAUGGGAGAGAAAUGAUUCAGAUUUUAGGAGAGUAUUUAAUAUAUAACAAAUAAUUGUAUUAAAGUUUUUCAAGGUAUUUAAAAAAGAGAACUAUUUUGAUACUAGGAAAAAAGGAAGUUCUUUUUUAAAAAAAUAAUUAACUAAGCUCUAUGUACAAUUUUAAUAAAAGCUCAUCAGUGAAAUGUGUAAA